GCCAGGAGAGUCGGCCCGCGCUCCAGUGACGCAUGGGCGAUAUUCCCAUGAUGCUCCGUAAGGGCGGCCAUUCAAACCGGAGUAAAGUUGAAGAGCAGAAAAUGGCCGCACCGAGAGCGACGCAACCAGAAGCCGACCUGCCGAGGUCCGCCGAGACCGGCCUCGAGCUACGUGAGGCCCCCGCUGUCGCUGUGACUGUGGCGCUGACGGCCCAGCCCGUGGCUCCGGCUCCCGGGGGCGCCUUCUCGUUGUCGGUCGUCUUUCCCGGCUCGGUCACCCGGGAGGGCUGCUUCCGCUUCACCUGCGAGUUCUUAAAGCACGUCCUGUACCAGAGACAGCAGCUGCACAAGUCUUACGAGCAGCUGGUCUGCUUCUACCGGGGGCAGCUGCCGAGGCCCCCCGGCCAGGAAGAAGACAUGGUCAGGAAGGUUUAUCCAAAAGAUCAGGACAGCAAAAAGUGCCAGCAAGUGCUGAAUGAUCUUGAUGGUGUUUUCCAGCACUUGGAAAUCAUGUUCAAUUUGACAUUGGUCCCACGAAUUCUUAUUUUGCUUGGAGGUACAGCUGUCAGCCCCAAAGAACUCUAUGAGAUCAACUUACAAGGUAUAUCUGUAAGUGGCACUGAAGAGAGUUUGCAGACAUCAGCCUGUGUUCGCAAGCUGUUCCAUUCUCUCUUCAUGGCAGAUGUGUUCAGUGACCUACAGGCUAUUCCCACCAUGGGUAUCAUUGUUAUGGCUCAAGGGCAUCGCAACUGUGGUAUUGACUGGUUCAGACCCAAACUAAACUACAAAGUGCCAACUCGAGGGAGGAAGCUGACUGUUAAUUUAUCAUGCAGUCAUGGAAAUAGUACAACCCUUUCUACCUGUCAAGAAAGCAACUCUGCCUGGGAUGAUUAUAUAUGGUUUCAAGCUCCGGUAAUAGUCAAAGGCUUUAAUUAUUUUUCUUGAUAAAUUUUUAAUGAAAAGUUCUUAAUUGGAUAUGCUAAUAUUGCUUUGUCGUCAUAUAUCUGUUCCAUUGCAAAGAAAAGCUUCCCUUCUUUGAACUCCUUCUCCUUUCAGAAGUAAUGUUGAGCUCUGCAAUGCGGAGCUGAAAAAGCACAUGCAUCUGUGAUGAUAGACAGUACCUCUGGAGAACUGAUUCAGUGUACUGCCAAAGCAUUAUACAACCCAUUACCCUGUAUUCUGUCCUCCAGAUUUUACUAUAAAAAGAUACUUGAAAUACCUGUGCCAGUAUAGGAACACCUGACACAAUAUUGAAUUUCCAGUGGACUAUAUGCCCCUGUGCAAAUUUGAUGAAUUCCAGUAAUUUUUCAGAAAUAUGGUGAAAGCCACAUAAGUUGCUGCUUUUUUAUUUAGUGAAAAUUGUCUAAGGAUUGGUUGUAGUUCAGGGGAGCAUAGUUGCCCUCCUAUCUGGAGGGAUAACGGCUAUUUAAAGUUGAUAUUCUCUACAGCAGAAGCAUUAUUCUGACACUUUUAGAUAUAUUCCUAUCUCAAGCUGCAAUACAGAGUGAUGAUUUCUAAAUUGACAGCUGUGAUUAAAAUUAUUUAAAUGCUUAUAAGAAUGUGUGAAUGAUCUGACCAGCUUUCUUCAACAUAUUAAUUUC